CCCCUGCUACCCCGCGCUGCUGCUGCUGCUGCUGCUGGGCGGCGGCGGCCCGGGCGUCCCCGGGCAGGCGGCGGGCUCCCGGAGGCCCAACGUGGUGCUGCUGCUCACCGACGACCAGGACGCAGUGCUCGGCGGCAUGACACCACUGAAGAAAACCAAGGCUCUUGUCGGAGAGAUGGGGAUGACUUUCUCCAGCGCGUACGUGCCGAGUGCCCUCUGCUGCCCUAGCAGAGCCAGCAUCCUGACGGGGAAGUACCCGCAUAACCACCACGUGGUCAACAACACCCUGGAGGGAAACUGCAGCAGCCGGUCCUGGCAGAAGAUCCAGGAGCCAAACACCUUCCCAGCAAUUCUCCGCUCAGCGUGCGGUUAUCAGACCUUUUUCGCAGGGAAGUACCUGAAUGAGUAUGGAGCCCCGGACGCAGGCGGCCUGGAACACGUCCCUCUGGGCUGGAGUUACUGGUACGCCCUGGAGAAGAACUCUAAGUACUACAAUUACACCCUCUCCAUCAAUGGAAAGGCCCGGAAGCACGGUGAGAACUACAGUGUGGACUACCUGACUGAUGUUUUGGCCAAUGUCUCCUUGGACUUCCUGGACUACAAGUCCAACUCCGAACCCUUCUUCAUGAUGAUUGCCCCUCCUGCACCCCACUCGCCGUGGACAGCUGCACCUCAAUACCAGAAGGCUUUCCAGAAUGUCUUCGCGCCGAGAAGCAAGAACUUCAACGUCCAUGGAACGAACAAACACUGGCUAAUCAGGCAAGCCAAGACACCAAUGACCAAUUCUUCAAUCCAGUUUUUAGACAGCGCGUUUAGGAAGAGGUGGCAGACGCUGCUCUCAGUGGACGACCUUGUGGAGAAGCUGAUCAAGAGGCUGGCGUCCACCGGGGAGCUCAACAAUACCUAUGUCUUUUACACCUCGGACAACGGCUACCACACAGGACAGUUUUCGUUGCCAAUAGACAAAAGGCAGCUGUAUGAGUUCGACAUCAAGGUUCCGCUGUUGGUCCGAGGGCCUGGGAUCAAACCGAAUCAGACGAGCAAGAUGCUGGUGGCCAACAUCGACUUGGGCCCGACCAUCCUGGACAUCGCCGGCUAUAGCCCGAAUAGGACCCAGAUGGAUGGGAUGUCCUUGCUACCCAUCUUGAGAGGGGCCAGCAACCUGACCUGGAGGUCGGACGUCCUGGUGGAGUAUCAGGGAGAAGGCCGCAACGUCACUGACCCCACGUGUCCCACCCUGAGUCCCGGCGUGUCUCAAUGCUUCCCAGACUGCGUGUGCGAGGACGCCUACAACAACACCUAUGCGUGCGUGAGGACCGUGUCGUCAGCGUGGGACCUGCAGUACUGCGAGUUCGAUGACCAGGAGGUGUUCGUGGAGGUCUACAACCUGACCGCGGACCCGGAGCAGCUCACCAACAUCGCCAAGAGCAUCGACCCAGAGCUGCUGGGGAAGAUGAACUACCGCCUCAUGAUGCUGCAGUCCUGCGCCGGGCCCUCCUGCCGCUCUCCGGGGGCCUUCGACCCCGGGUACCGGUUCGACCCCCGCCUCAUGUUCAGCCGCGGCGGCUUCAGGACUCGCAGGUUCUCGGGACGCCUUCUGUAGCGCCACGCUGCCUCCGCAGGCCCUGCCCAGCACUGGGAGAGGGGACUGUCGUGGGCUCCCGUAGCCCGCUGCAGGACCACGCCGGAGGACUCUCUGGACUGGCUUUGUUUCGGGUCCUCUUUGCGAAGCUCCACAGUCAGCCGACUUCCUGGUGCAACGUGCGAAACUGUGAACUCCCUCACGUGUCCCUUCUUGCAGCUGCUGUUGAACGCUCUUGGUCUCUGCCCUCCCCACAUCCUCUCUGUCCUGGGGCCACAGUCUUGCUUCUUCCCUGUGUGGUCAGGUCUGAGCCUGUGAGUCCAUUCAGACACAUGACGGUACCGUAGGGUGCACACCCCAACCCUCAGGGUGCAGCGUGACCCAGAACCCAAGGGCUUGCGUAGCCUUCAGCCUGAGCACCUCCCUGUCAGGAACACCACACAUGGCUCACAGGGGAGUGGCAGCCCCAGUGAGAACGAGCCCCGUCGCUUGCAUAUGUGUGGCCAGGCACUGCUUGUGACAGCCAUCACGGUGUGGUGUCGCUGCACGUUGAGUGUCCGCCAGGCUCUGUCCAUCUGGGGAACCCUAGGCUGGUCUGCCCCGACAGAGUAGCAGGCUGUGGCAAAAACCCCCGGGUGCCGGAGGUGACAGCCAUGUCCCUGGCAGUGGCUGCCAGCUCGUGGCUGCUCUGGCCACUUGGGUGCUGGGGACGCAUCUCUUCUCGAGACUUUCCCCUCUGGAGUCUGAAAGAUGAAAGGGCUUAGGAGCUUGGGUGGGGCAGGGCUGGCGAGGGCCGUGUCUUCUGGGGCCUUCCAGGGUGAGGGCGGAGGCUGCCCCACAUGGAGGAGGGAGGCGACCCCAGGAAGCCUGGGCUUCAUCCGCACCAGGACCGUUGGCCUCCACCUGCAUGCCGUGGUCUUCGUUCAUUUGCGGCGAGUGGAAACGUUUCUCUUGGGCGAUGCCGAGUGUCGGCACCUUCCACCACCAUCCCCCCUGCAGUGGCUCUUCCUGGGUUUGGGGGUGUCUUGUGUAACUAGGGCCCAGUUCAGAUUCCCAUCAAAAUCAGACCAUUGGGGGUUCCUCGCUGUUUGAGACGCCUUCAUUUUUAUGUUUCCUGAAUCCAAAGCCAAUUCCAUUUUGAAUGUUCCCAACACAAGAAGGCCUGUUGGUGGCAGGGCGGCAGGUGAGGGCGUUGGUCGGAACUGGUCCAGCUCGGGCGGUGCACACGUGAGCCUGGCUCUACCGAAGGUCCCGCCACCCUCAGCGCCUGGCAAGACACGCCGUAGCGGCUCUGCUGUCGGAGUCCCAGGCUGCCACUGGUUGACCCUUUACCUCACGUGAUCCCCGCAGCUGCGGUGGCAUCUCGAGGUGAGACGGGCAGGUGAUGUGAGCCCCCCUGCUGUGAGUGUCGAGAAGGAAGUCCCAAGCACGCCGUAACUGAAGGCCAGCGACGCUGUGGGCUGUGGGGAUCGGCUUUGUUUUCCACUUUGGUUCUUAACAUGAUCCGUCAACUUCUGCCUUCGUAGAAGCUGACCAUAGUUACUCCCAAAUAAAAAGAAACCGACUCUGACCGGG